AUGCCGAACGAGCACGAAAACUGUAAUUCACCAAAAGAAAAUUCGGAAAGUAUCACAGAGGCCUUACGAGACCAGCUCGAAAAUAUGAGAUUGCAACUUGAGGAACAAACAAAAUUAAACAUACUCCAUUCAAUUCAACAAUUUAAAGAUUCAGACGGAAAAUCCCAUGAGGCUAGCGCUGGACAUAUAAAUCUAAAUGAUUUACAAGCAAUUCGAGAGAUUUUACGCAAAGAUGAAGAUAUUUUGGAAUCGAUUGAUCCUUAUGUGGGAGCUAAUGAUUAUGAAGCUUUUAUAGAAGCCAUUGAGAAUGCCGCUACGAUUAAAGGAUGGACCGAAGAAGAAACAUUUCGUACCAUGGUGAAAAAAUUGAAAGGAAAAGCAAAAGAAGAGUUUUACGCAUUGAGGAAAAGUGAACGUCCGGAAAACGUAUACGAAAUAAGUACGUGGCUACGCAGACUAUUUGGAGGAAAAACUGAACAAAUUCAAGCUAAACGAAAACUCUUGACCAGUGUCAGGUUACCUGAUGAAUCGUUGGGUGCAUUCGUCCAGAGACUUAGGAGAGUUUCUACAGAAGCUUUUCCAGACGAAGGAACUAGUCAAUCACAACGGAUAUACAGAGAAAAGGUUUUAGUUGAACAAUUCAUACAGGGAAUAGAUUUGCGUCUGGCAAACAAAAUAAUAGAGAAGGGAGAUUUUUACACAGUAGAAGAGGUACUGGCCGUAGCCGAAAAGUACGAGAACUCUAUUUCAAAACAAUUACCAGGAAACCUUUACGAAGAUCGAUAUGCAGCCGCAAUACGGGUUAUAAAUGAAGAGGCAACUAAAGGAGCUGUACCCAAAGACUGCAGCGAAAGAAAACAGGAAACUAGAACCCCGUAUAACUCCUAUAAUAAGCAACAAACUCAAAAUGGUAAUAACUUUCGGAGUAGGAACUUUUACCCUCAGAGAAAUAAUAAUUUCAACCAGAAACCAAACCGGUAUCAAAACCCACAAGGCAAUCAAAGGAAUGCAGGAUGUUAUAAAUGCGGUGAUAGCAACCAUUUGGCUGUUGGAUGCCUAAAAGACAAGUUUCCGAGUCGUGAAAACGUUAGAAAGUGCUAUAACUGCGGAAAGCCUGGUCAUUUACGUGCACAGUGUUAUUUAAACUAUCAGGGAGCCUCGGACCAAUCGAACAAAUAA